AUGGAAUCUAUCGUGGCGGAUCUGUUGAUGGAACACUUCGAGAACUCCGACCUCCUUUCCCGUGCACAGCAUGGAUUCCGUCAAACGGGAACAUGUACUACCAAUCUGCUCCUGGCCGGCGAUGAAUGGACAAAGGCAGUAGAUAAAGGCGAUCCAGUUGAUGUGGUUUACCUGAACCUCUCCAAAGAAAGAGUUCGAUCGGGUAAACCACGAAAUAAUGCUACGUAA